UGGAGUCAACAUGGACCAGCAUCCCUGUGGAAUGCUUUCGACACCUUGUAGAGUCCAUGUCCCGACGAAUAGAAGCUGUUCUUUGGGCAAAGGGUGGGUGGGGUGUUCCUACUGUAUACUCAGUGUAGAGUGCUCCUUAGCGAAUGAUUAGAUCACAAUCAUCCCACUAAUUAGAGAGACAGUCCUGACCUGCACCUCCUCUUGCACCUUUACAGAGUGUUGUUGGUUGAUGCUACCAGCUGUUCUCCUCUGGCUAACUGUCAUCACAGUGCAGUCAAACACACCUGAGAUCCCCUCAGUCUAUACAGGUGGCUCCCGUUGGCAGCUUUCCAAAGGCACCUGGCCGGACGCUUCAGCCGUCGUCGUCAUCAAUCUUGUAGUCCUUUCACUUGUCUGCAACCGUGAAGGAAAUGAGAUGGGAUGAGAUGGGAAGCUGGAGGCUCUCUCCAUCUCCAUCUCUCCACCCGCUAUCCAUUGUUCUCAUUUCCCCUGUGCAUAGAGCCGAUGAAGAGGUGUAUUGACACCGCCAUAGCCCCCAGGGUCUUAUUCGAAAAGCUUUGCGUGUUUGUGAAGAGAAUCACGUAGAGAUGCAUAGACUUGGAUUCGUAAAAGGUGUUCUCUAGUCUAGGAAUGUGAUUUCACAGAUUACGUGGUUACAUUUCCUUUGGUCUGCUCCAUUUUGGAUUCUUCAUAUUAUAGUACACCUCAUAAACCCAGGGGAUAAAUGGUGAAAACCCAACAGUCUAUAGCUCAUACGCUUCCCAUUAGAAGUUGGCAUGAGGCAGGCUGAACAAAGCCAGGAGCCCAUGCAAUUCAAUAUCCAUCUUCAAACAAAAGCAAUACAGGUCAAAAUAGUUCAUAUUACCAAAGGAAAUAGAGGGACUAACUGUACAGAUAGAGAACAACAAUAAAAAUGAUAUUUUGAAAGAGAAAGCAAAGUACUUUAAACAUAUGUUUUUGUUUCAGUCUCCUCCAUCUCCACUAACCCAAGUAAAUUUGAAGGAGUUUUUUUCCUAUUAAUUAUCAAAUUAACAGCUGUACAUAAAGACUCAUGUGAAGGCCAAAUUACAGAAGAGGAAUUUCUUGAAGCAAUAGCCCUUAUGCACAUUCCAUGACUGAACGUUUCUAAGCACACUUCCUACUGAUGUGGCAAUCUCUGGUGGCGCAUACUAUAGAACGAAAGUCAGUCUAGUUGUUAUCGACAAUAUAACAGUGCUACCACUGUCACCGUUUUUUACUAGGUGUCUUCAGGACUUUCCUCAAAUUAAUAUUAUUAAUGUACAUCAAAUUGUUACAUCGGCCUCCGAGACUCCAGCUAGCAAGAACGAAAAUGGCUUCAAGAUAUAUAUAGGAAGCUACAUAGACAACUAUGAAGAUGGUGUUAAAGCACUCCGUACCAGUGAUAGUGGUCCAAAGCCACUGCUCCUGUGUUGCAGGAAGUGCUCUGUGCAAUCAUCUGGUGGCCUUUUUUACCAGACAGCGCACUACUCUCAACUAAACAUUCCUGCUGCACCACCAGUUCACAGCUGCACAGACACAGAACAGCGUUGGCACAAGCCAAGAACACUUGGUGUGAAGCCAGGUCCGGUUGAUGGGAUAGAGUUCUGUAAACCUACUAACUCGUGUGCUGAUGAAAUAAGAAGUUCUCUCUACAAAGCACUCAAUGGAUACAUGCCUGGUAUGCAGACCAUGGAGAUGAAGAGGGGGCUACCCAUGGAGCCAGUGGCUGUACAGAAGUACUGCACACUGAAGAAUGUUAACUUCUUUCCGUGUGGCUUCGUAGUGCACCCAGAUGCUCCGUGGUUAGGAUCCUCUCCAGACGGCAUCAUAUUUGAUCCCAGUGUGAGACUACACUUUGGACUCUCAGAGGUCAAGUGCCCAAAUGUACCAAGUUAUGUUGACUGCCCUUACCUGAAGAUACAGAAUGGAGAGCUGAAGUUGAAGAGAUCUCAUGCUUACUACUGGCAGGUGCAAGGUCAAAUCCUUCUCACAGGUUGUAGCUGGUGUGACUUUGUCAUCUGUGCACAGGAGGACAUCCUAGUUGAAAGGAUAUAUAAAGAUCUACAGGUUUCAAAAACUAUAAGAGAGAAGGUUGACCACUUUUAUUUUUACCACUACUUGCAGAAGUGUCUAUCUCGCACCUGAAUGGAUCCCCUGCAUGGGUGCCAAGUAGAUUUGUUUAAAAAAUAUAUAUAUUUCAGCAAAUGUUCAACAGUUCAGUUAAUCAAUUACACAUCUCUAACAUUGUAUUCAAUCUUGCAUUCUGGCUAUUCUGUGUUUACUUGAUUUCUUUCCCCCACCCCUAAACACAUUGCCUAAUUAAAGCCAAUACAAGCUCCACACAAACUGAUAUUCACUGCAACACAAUUUAUUGAUACAUGUCAUAGAAAAACAAAUUAUAAUUUUGCUGCUAGCAAAUAAACACAUGUACAUUUACACUGGCUUGGCCCAUGCUCUGACCAAAGGUCCGUUUUGAUAGUUGACCAACAGGCACACCACUGCAAAUAAUUGGUUGAUGCUGCCUGAGAUGGUCAGGGGGAUGACUGUCAAACAGCUUGUGUUCCUUUACUCUGCGGAUCAUUCUUUCAACAUGCACUCUCAGCCUGGCAAUGGAUUGGGUCUCCCUAACCUCAUGCGCUGGCAUCUGUGUGCGUCUUGACAGAAAGGCUGGCCGGUAGACCUUGCACGGAACAAUGUCAUCUAUGAGAAAGCCCUUAUCCAGCAUAAUGGCCAUGUCAGGGUCAUGGCCAAGCUGCAGGCCCCCCAGUCGCACCAGAGCCAGCCAGCAGCCCCAGAUGGUGGGUGGGGCUGGGUGGUGGUGGGGGCCCUGUUUGUGACCUCUGCCCUGGUGUUUGGGAUAAUCCGGAGCAUGGGGGUCUUCUUUGUGGAGUUUGUGCAGUACUUUGAGGAGAGCGCCCAGGCUGUCUCCUGGAUCACAUCCAUAGGGUUGGCCAUGCAGCAGUGUGUCAGUCCAUUUGGCACAGCGUUGUGUAAUGGAUACGGUGCCAGACCUGUAGUGAUGGCAGGAGGUUGUCUCUCUGCACUGGGCUUCAUCCUGGCCUCACAGGCCACAUGCGUCACACACCUCUACCUCACCUUGGGCGUCAUCUCAGGUUCGGGCUGGGCAUUAAUCUUCACUCCUAUGGUGGCGUCAGUGAUGCAGUACUUCACCCGGAAGCGCUCCCUGGCCAUGGCGCUGGGCUUUACGGGCGUGGGCCUCUCGUCCUUCGCCUUCUCACCCCUCUUCCAGCUCUUGGUGGAGAUGUACACCUGGCGGGGGGCCCUUCUCAUCCUGGGGGGCCUCAGCCUCAACAUGGUGGCCUGCGGGGCCCUCAUCAGGCCCCUGGGGACUCACAAGGCUGUAGCUGCGCUGGCCCCAGGUGAGAGUGCCUGGUCCUGCGCCUCCAUCUUCCACCGGGCCUACUCCUACCUGGAGCUUUCCCUCCUCUUCCACCGGCCCUUCCUCACGUACAGCCUGGCCAUCACCUUCUUCAACUGUGGCUACUUUGUGCCUUACGUCCACCUGGUGGCCCACAGCCGCCACGAGGGCUUCUCCCAGUAUCAGGCUGCCUUUGUCAUCUCAGCCACCGGUGUGACGGACAUCGUGGGCCGUGUGGUGUCCGGCUGGGCCUCGGACCUAGGCCGUCUCCGUCUGCCCCACAUGCUGGUCCUCUGGACGGGCCUGUUGGGCCUCUCCCUCCUCUUGCUGCCCCUGGGCUCCCUGGGGGGGUCCUACCCGGGCCUGCUCAUCAUCAGCCUAGCCUACGGGUUCUGCGCCGGCGCCAUGACUCCCCUGGUGUUCGCGGUGGUGCCGGAGAUCGUGGGCAUGGAGCGGAUGCUGGGCGCACUGGGGCUGCUACAGAUGAUCGAGAGCGUCGGGGGGCUGCUGGGGGCACCGCUGUCAGGUUUGCUGAAGGACCUGACAGGCAGUUACACGGCCUCCUUCCUGGUCGCUGGUGGUUUCCUCCUGCUGGGUACCAUGGUAACGACCACUUUGCCUCACUUCUUCUCCUGCACCGACCAGCGCCCUCUCCAGAGACACGCCCGCAACCAUAACAACAAGCAGCAGAACCAGCAGAGCCCCGAGUCUGGCCUCAUGACCAACUCCAUAUCAGAGAAACUCAACCACAUAGAUACCAUACCGUACUCUCAACCGCAACUGGACCGCAACAGCCUCCAGCCGGAACCAGAGUUGUACAUGCCUUUAAACCGAAGCAGGACCGAUGAUGCCACUACUAAAUGCUGAUUGGUUGCGCGACGUUAGCAACCAAACCUUACUUAGCCAAUAGGGCGGCUGAAUGCCUAGUUUCUCAGUGGAGUUUCCCCAUUGGUCUGGGGACUACAUGGUUAAGGUGCACAAGUGCUACAGGUUUAUAUUCCGAAGUCGUGUACAUUUGUGGAGGAGGAAGACACAGACAGCAAGGCAAAAAUACAAAUGGGUAGUGUGGGAUGUCUACCGUACACAUCCAACCCAGUCAGUGGGUUCAUCAGACACAGUAUAUCGUGUUACAUAUGACUUGGCAGUGUUAUGACCAUGGCAUUUCACACGCAUAGCUUCUAACCAGAGGAGGCUGGUGGGAGGACCUACAGGAGGACAGGCUCAUUGUAAUGGCUGGAAUGGAAUCAAUGGAACGGUAUCAAACACAGCAACCAUAUGGAAACUCCGUUCCAUUGAUUCCAUUCCAGUCAUUACAACGAGCCCUUCCUCCGAUAGCUCCUCCACUGCUCCAUAUGUCAUCAUGACUUUCAGAAUUUGCUCAUGUGAAGUCUUAUUUAGUUUUCUAGCUGCAGAGAAAAGGUCAACAUGGUGGGUGGCAUUCAGUAUAAGAAGUCCUCAGGCAACUCAGCUAGCUAUACAUCACAGACCAUAUCAUGUGACAGACUAGUUCAUGGCAUAUGUCCAACAUUUUUUACCCUUCUCUCUCUCCAUCCAAACAGGGCCUAGGGGUAGCCCACAGUAGGCUAGCAUAUCACUGCAGGAUCAAUGUAGGUGUACUCACAAGAUCAACCACAGCUGGAUGGCAGAAUGUUUAUUUUGUAAGGAACUUCUAAAAGCUGAACAAGUGACCGUUCACACAAUGUCUUCAAUGAGAAAGCCAUCUGAUUUGUUAUUUUAAACACAUCAGUCGGGCUCUAUCUCUACCCAUACUAAAUAGGGAGAGGAGAAUCUGGUUUGAGUUGUUUCCCCCACCCAACUCUCUGACUUGUCUAAUCUAGUAGGCUAUGCGUGAGUAAGAUCAAGUAACACUAAUCUGUUUUCUUUGAAUCAUUCUCUGGAAUGAUAUAUUCACAUGACAGUCAUUUGGUGUUCUAUGUCAAAAAAUAGAUGAUUGUUUUAUGUGUUUACUUGUCUGACCCCUGGUAUUAUUCAACUAACUCCAGGCCACAGUCCCACAGUCAGGCUGCUAUGAGGAUAUGAAGAGUUUCAUUCUAAAACGCUAUAUAUCAAUUUUCAGAAAUGUUUGUAAAUUAGCUUUUGUAGUUUAAGGAACUUGUUAAAGAGAUUGGUGUGUUUUUUCACUGUCUAAUCAUGGCACGGGGUUGUUCAAUGACAGACAUGUCAUUGUUUGGAAUCUAUUACUUGAUGGUUUCAUUUCAGAGAGAUAAAUAAUCAUGUUUUGUUGCAAAACGCUAUAUAUCCGCCUCACUCUCAGAGGAAUAACUAGUACUUCUAGGUUUAACACGGUCAAAUGUAAUAAAUAACGACAUUUUUUCAUAAAGAACUGCACAAAUUAUACAUUUGUUACAUCAAUAUAAUUUUUUUAAAUCAAUAUAGUAAUAUGAGAUCUGUAAGCUGUAAAAUAUGUACAUUUGACAUUUCAGUCAUUUAGCAGAUGCUCUUAUCCAGAGCGACUUACAGUUCGUGCGUUCAUCUUAAGAUAGUUAGUUGAGACAAUCACAUAUCACAGUCAAAUAUACACAAUUCCAGCUAAACAAUGGAUAUAUAGAGUUUUGCAAAUAAAUAAAAUAAUUAAACACAUCUAAAAUCUAUUAAUUAAAAGUCAGAAAACAGUCAUAUUUUACACACAUGAAGAUACCCAUAAGAAAUCAUUUCUGAUGAAAAAACGUGGGAAAAUGGGUGGAUAUAGCAUUUUUGGAACAAAACUCUUCAUAUAGACUGUCUAUUCCUCAUGUACAAUAAUAUUAAACAAUCAUAUCAUAUUUUGGACUAAACACCAAAUGAACUCCAAAAGAUUGAGCUUAGUGUAGAUAGAAGCACAGCCUCAAUUCGUUGGGGCGUGGACUCUACAAGGUGUCGAAAGCAUUCCACAGGGAUGCUGGCCAUUGUUGACUCCAAUGCUUCCCACAGUUGUGUCAAG